AUGGAAAAGUUAAUGGUGCUGGACGGUGACUUUGAAGCUCAACUACGUCGCAAUUUGGGCCAAAAAGAGAAUUUGGAUAGCGCUUUCGCGCUACAAGCUCUCCGGGAUAACCAGUACGCCGUGUACAAGACGCACUUGGAUUAUCUGCGCGCUGGCGCUCAGAUAAUAAGAACCAACACAUACAGAGCGUCCUUAGAUUCCAUUAAAAAACAUUUACAUGUUCCUGAAAGUCCGCCAAUGUUGCACAUAGCCGUACAGUUGGCCAAACAGGCCUUGUUUAAAUAUCACGAGGAGACGGGUCCAGUUAAAAAUCGAUCCCGACCUUUAGUGGCCGGUUGUCUCAGCAGUUAUGCUUCGACUUUCGAAGAUGAAACUAAUGGUUUCAAACAUACUACAAAUUCCGUAUUCAAAUUCCUGAGUUGGUAUCAUCGACAGCGUGUACAACAGUUAUUGAAAUUUGGCGUCGAUAUCUUGGCAUUCGAGUCUAUACCUUGUAUGAGGGAGGUGAAAGCGAUAAUUGAGGUGCUGAAGUUGUAUUUAAACGCUCGCAUAUGGAUCACGUUCUCAUGCCAGCCGAAUGGACUUUUAUUGGACGGAACAUCCUUUGAAAAAGCAGCUACGUACUGUUGUAAUACUCUGCCCACUCAAAUUUAUGCAAUCGGUGCCAAAUGUUCCUUGCCUAACUCGAUGAAAUUCUUAAUGCGGGAGAUCAACGACAAGAGAUAUUUAAAAAUUCCGUUUGUGUUUUAUGUUGACAAAUGUCAUUUUUCUACUACGGAAGCGAAUGGUGCAUCUAUUAUUGCGCCGCAGAACAAUUUCAUGAAGGAAUUGUUUGACUGCGGAGUACGUUACAUCGGCGGUGGUACCAACACUGUCGCGGAAGACAUAAGGGAGAUUCGUAAACAAGUAGACAAUUACUGCCCUUCCAAAAAGAAAAUCACUUUACUCAAUUCAUACUCCAACCAAAAUACGCUAAAUCAUUCGAAGUUAUAA